AUGGACGCGAUAGUAAAACUGGUGGAGAUGAACUCCCGAAAUCCUUGGUCGCAAAUUACUUCGGAGAAGAUGUUUUUGAGCUUUUUACAAGGCGCGAACGUGCACAAUUGCGCGGGCUUUUUUGUGAAAUCAUCAUCGGAGGACGACGAUUCUGUUACGAAGAAAAUAAUAACCGUAUUGCCGAACAGCGUGCCGAUAUCGUGCUUACCCACCGGGGCGAUGAAACUGAGCGUAGAUUUAGAUGUAGAAGAUAGCGUUUUAGACGUUUUAAGGUCUGACGAAGGAGAAACAAACGAAGGGGAAUCGUACAUCGAUACGCUUCGUUUGUUGAUUUUAGUUUGUUUACGAACCGAGGCGUCGGUGGAGGAGAAACUCUCGAUGACGUUCAGAAAGAUGGAACAAAAGAGAGGGUUUGGAGUGACUUUAGAACACGUCAAAGAAUGGAUCGAAGACUGCGAAGUCGUGAUUGGAUCUGAGAUGAAGAGUUACAUGAGGAAAGAGAGAGAAAAUGGGUUGAUGGAGGAGCGCGAUGCGAAUAGUAAUAAUAAUAAUAAUAAUAAUAAUAAUAACAAAAUCGAACGAAGCGCGUCGGCGACGCGGAGGAAGAGAAUGAGUUUAAGUUUAGGUGAAUUGAAGAAGAAAGAAGAGAGCACGACGCACUCGUUGCGGUGGAUGCGCGGGAAAAUGGAAGCGCACUUUCAGAAAUAUUUUAAAACGCACGGCGUGGCGAUGGAUUUUGUGGCGUUUACGGAAACGGUGUCGGAGAUUUUAGAGAUGUGGUCGACGGAGGCGUUGGAUUCCGUCGAGCGGGCCUUCAAGGAGACGAAAAGUUACGAUUCAUUCAACGAGAAGAUUGAGCGAGCAGAGGCAUUGGGUGGAAGCGGAUCCUCAACGACGACGAGUGGUGGUCCGGGUGAACAUCGGAGACAGAAUAGCGGGAAUAAGCACUUGCUCCUAUCUGGGAGAUCUGUGGGUAGUAGUAGUGGAAGUAGCAAUAAGAAACUCAAUCGUGCUCCAAGCAUAAUUGAGACGGUUGCGAAAACGUUGAAGAAAGGGGUUGAAUCCACCGUGAUAAGUCGCGAAGGAAGUCUGCGCGAACCCAGUAACUCUAUGUCUUUGACACAUCACGAACGAGCGCUAAGCGACGACCGGUUGAGUAAUUUGAGCAACCGAUCUUUGCCGCGUAGUCCUACGCUUUCGAGACAAGACUCGGGGAGUGAAUUGAUCUACGCAAAACAGCCGAUUAGUCCGACAUAUUCGAAGGAUAAUCUCCUUUCAACAGCCGGCGUUGGGGGAGGAGGAGGAGGAGGAGGCGCCUUUGGGAUGAAUCCAAACACCAUCGUUUCGUAUUUACCGCAACAAUAUAGACACGUCAUCGAUGGCGCGUUUGACGCUUUAGGCAUGAGCACCAAAGCACACGGCGGAUUUGCGACUCAAGAAGGAGAACACGUAAACGACAAUUACUAUUACGAAGAAGAUUUUGAGGACGACGACGCGGACAGCGCGCACAUGACCGAAGCGCAAAAACGCAGGCGUGACUUGAAAUCCGAACUCUUUGAAUCCGAACAAGAAUUCAUCGACGUCGAAAAGCAACAAGAAGGCAUUUUUGAGGAUUCGACCUGGCAUCGUCUCGUCGCAUUCUUCCGUGAAGUUACCAUCCGCCUCUUCCUUUACAACGUCGUCAAACUCUUGCUCAUCAUCGCCCUCCUUGCCGGCGACGCCGCGCUGUGCAUGUUUGUCGUCAACCGUUUCGGCGUCGUCUCCGGUCUCGGCGUCGUCGUCAUCAUCAACCUCGGGUUCGCCGGCAUUUUCACCUACUCCAUGUUAAAGUUCCAAAAGCGCGAGAAAGGUUUACGAAACAUGGAAUUCGGGCACAACUGGGUCCGACAAACCGACCACAUUUUGCAAGGCAACAAUACGGUCGUCAACAGCGCUUUAAAAGCCGCGGAAACCGCGCAGAAAGUCGAAAGCAUGAAGGACAAGUUCGUCUCGUCGCCGAACGCUAAUACUAAUACUAAUAAUAAAUCGUCUUCUCAAGAACAAAAACAGCAACAACAUUCGCCGAUGAAGAAGAAAAAUGACCCCGUAAAUAAGUCGAGGGAGCGUUUCGAAUCCGCGCACGAAUACUUGUAA